GGAAAAACUGAGAAGCAAUAAUACAGAGUCACCAUGGAAUAUCUAAUAAGGUCGGCUCAACAGCACGAAGACUUUCGUGAAGCAGAGAUCAAGGCUCUUGCAACUCUUCAUGGUUUCGACGUGGAGAUUCUCUCCUAUAGCAACGAGUCACCCUACUGCGUCGUCCGCCUCCCAUCAGACGAUGCAGCGAAGCUCCUCAUUGAAAGAAGCAUCCUAGCAUGUGCUAUAUACCGUCUCUGGGGCCAAGGCAGCGACUACGAUAGUCUACACGAAGAUCUCCGUUCCAGGACCGAGUCAGAAUGGUCCAAGUACAAAGUCAGCUCCUUCUGGUUCCAAAUCAAAACCUUCCAAUCCAAACGGUCGGCAACAGCCCGACAGGAUAUCGUGGAGUCAUUCAGUUACUUGCCCUUUGAUGGCCCAAUAACGCCCCAGAACCCGGAUGUGGAAUUUUGCGUUUGCGAAUACUUCGACAAGGGCACCUUGACUCCAAAACAGAUAUACAUGGGCCGACUGAUUGGCAACAGCUGUCGCGAUGUCAUCAAUGUAUAUGACCUCAAAAAGCGAAGUUAUAUCAGUACGACAUCUAUGGACGCAGAACUAGCCCUCGUCACGGCCAAUCUUGCAUUGGCUGGUCCAAAUAAGUUGAUGUAUGACCCCUUCGUCGGCACAGCCGGGUUCCCCAUCGCCUGCGCACACUUUGGAUGCAUCGUCCUUGGUAGCGAUAUAGACGGUCGCUGCAUCCGUGGCAAGGGUGAGAAGGAUGUUCUAUCCAACUUCCGACAGUAUGGGAUAGCCGGGCGGUGGUUGGAUGGGUUCACAGCGGACCUAACCAACACUCCCUUACGAAAACGAAGAUUCCUGGACGCAAUCGUAUGCGAUCCGCCCUAUGGUGUCCGCGAGGGUCUAAAAGUCCUGGGCUCGAAACGGGGGCCGGUAGAGGAGGUAUAUAUCGACGGAAAGUCUGCUUACAAACAGGCGGAUUACGUGCCACCGAAGAAGCAGUACAGCUUUACUGCGAUGUUGAGAGACAUUCUCCAGUUCGGAGCCGACACUCUCGUGGACAAUGGGCGCGUAGUGCUCUGGAUGCCCACUGCCAACGAUGCGGACGUCGAGCUGCCGUUCCCCCAGAACCCAUAUCUCGAGCUCGUUAGCGUCAGUGUACAAGAAUUCAACAAAUGGUCCCGAAGAUUAUUAGUCUAUCGCCGGUUGCCGAGCGUGGAGGUUGACGCCGCAGCCAUUUCUGCUUACAACCAUCAAGCUGGCCACACGGCAGAUGAACUCAAUGACUUUCGCCGCAAGUACUUCCAGGGUUUCAAGUCUUGAACCUGCCAGUGCCCAUCAGCGAGAUCUCUCUCACAAAUUGGGGGACUGUCCAGAAUGAUGCCCACCUAUAGUGUUCUUUUCGAGAACUAUUUAAAAUUCCUCUCACUACUGCAUCAAUGCUAUGAGGCCAUACGGGUAGCCGGGCUUCUGACGAUGGAGGCUAGGGGCAACUCUAGAGAGAUAAGUCCGCGAGCACAAGGAGUGCGAUAGGAUGGAGCCAUCUCAAAUGACAAGUGUCAAGGAGUGCGAUUGUGGGACUGUCGCAUCGGUCUCUGCACUUCGCCAUGAGCUCCAGGUUGAUAGGCAAUCCUUAUUCAUCAGAUGAGGAUUUCCGUUCGCUCUAGGCAUUUGGAAACGAUGAUCCACUCGAAGAGACAGAAAGAUUAGUUGUCUUUCAUGUUAGAUAGACAUAGCUACUGGUACACUUCCCACGAAAAGAGUACCUAGUGAUACCCGAGCAAUCCCCACUAUAGGGUCCAAUAUCAGUUUGUAAG